AUGGUAUUCCAGGACCGCCGAGAGAUGGCAGCCGCCGUUGGCUGUACAGCAGCUCUAAUAUUCAUCUGGAUAUCUCUUUACAACAUUCGUGGCCCCGGAUUCUUCUAUGAACCCCAGCCAAGUCUGGAGCUUCAGUCAGGAGAAGAUUCCGUGUUCCUCAGACAUGCCAUGAAUGUCGAGUUCCCCGCUCCCAUUGACUACCUCCCCAUCCGCGAAGUGUGUACCCAGAAGCCCAACAACUUUCGUCCCGGCCUCCUCUUCAGCUGUGAAGAACAGCAUGGAGGCGUAGGUAUGGUACGAAACCAGAUCUUGAAAUGCAUACGGUAUGCCAUCCACGGUGGCGGCGCUCUCGUCAUCCCAUCAAUGGCAAAGCGGAACCCGAAAGAUAUCUCCGACAUCGAAACCAGCAAUGAAGUCCCUCUCGAAUACCUCUUUGACCGGGAGGCAUUUAUCACGCACCUCACAGCCGCUUGCCCAGGCAUGCGCCUCUACAACCACGCAUCGGGUUUCCCAUCCUACGAAAACCGAGCCCAGGAGCCUUUGACUCUCGUAGGCGAUCAAUCCGAGCCCAAACAUCCCCGAACAGGCCUCUCCGACCCUCUAUCCUGGCGCUCCUCGUUCGAUUCUUGGCUCAGCGAGCAAAACAUCGAGAUUUCUCCUCUGGAACCAAUACACGUCCAAAUCGGCCAGGCGUACCUCGAAUACCCCGUACACAACGACAGUCUUUCCUUCGUCUCCGAAUUCGGUAAACUACUCUCCUUCCGAGCCGAUACACGCGCCCUCGCUGCUCGCGUUCUGCUCGCUCUAGAUCAGAAAUUCUCGCUAGGUAUCGAUCCUGAGAAGGCGAUCAAUGAGAAGAGCUUCUUCGGCGCGCACUUGAGGCUUGAAAAAGAUGCCGUUGAGGCGUGGAGUCCGGAAGAGGGGUGGCGGUUUUCGCGUAUGGAAGAUCAGUUUGCGGAGGUGUGGGGUGAGAUUAAAGGGAGUGGGAUGGAUGUUGUUUACGUGGCUUGUGGAGACCAAUCAAUCGUCGAUACGUUCUCUGAAUACAUUGCUCGAAGGCUUGAGGAGGAUGAGAAAGAGAUGAGCAUUUCCGUUGUGACGAAAUAUAAGUUGUUGGGAGGACAUGAUCUGGAACGCUUGAAUGCCAUGACGUUUGAUCAGCAGGCUCUGGUUGAUUUCCUGAUUAUGUUCAAGGCGGGGUUCUUUAUGGGGGUUGCACAUAGUAGUUUUCCUUGGACGGUGGCGUUGAGGAGGCAUGAGUUGAGUGUUUUUAAGGAAGAAGGGAGGGCGGAUGGUGGGUAUGCGAAUCUAGGGAGUGAUAUUUUGAGGGAUGAGUUGAGUGUUAUUAUGGGGAUGAGAAGGGAUUAUCCGUAUGUUGAUCCAUUUGAGUGGGGGCUUUGGCCGUGA